AUGUUCCUUCCGAUGCGACUCUUUGAUCACCCCUUGGCAUUGGAUUGGACUUGUCGUCAUCAGGAUAGACCCCUUGUCGUCGAAAUUGGACUCGAAGUCGUUGAGAUGGACUCGUUGCCAUUGGAAUGGACCCGUUCGUCGUCGGUCGGGACUCGUCGCCAUUGGAAUGGACCCCUAGUUGUUGGAUUGGACUCGUUUGUCGUCGGUCGGGACUCGUCGCCUGGAUUGGACUCGUUCGUCAUCGGUCGGGACUCGUCGCCGUUGGAAUGA